UACUGUUUUCUAGGAAUGUAGGAGUUUUGUAUUCUUACAUUAUUCUCCUAGCCUGGAAACUUUUAGGAUCUUCUUUCUCUAUCCUUAGUAUACUGAAAUUUUAGUUGUUUCUUUUUGGUUUGGUUUUGAUUUCCACUAAUUCAUCAUCCUGAACAUGCCAUAGUUUUUCAGUCUGGGCACUCAUAUUCUUUAGUUCUGCCUCUGAUUCCUGACCAUUGUCAGGCUCCUUGUACCUUCCCCCAUUUCAGGAAUAGAUAUUUGGUCUGCUUUCUCUGCUAACUCAUUUACCAUUCAUGUAUCCCAGGGGUUGGCAAAUUUUUUCUGUAAAUGCCAGAUAGUAAAUAUUUUAGGCUUUGUGGACCAGAUGGCCUAUGUUGUAACUACUUAACUCUGUCACUAAAGCAAGAUAGCAACUACAGACAAUACACAGAUGAAUGGACAUGACUAAAUUUCAAUAACUUUAUGUACAAAAACAGGUGAUAGACUGGAUUUGUUUGCAGACCUGUGCUGUAGUCUGUUUAUCUUUAUUGGAAUAUUGCUCAGUGAGGGCAGGAAUUUGUUGUUGUUGUUCAUUGGAUAUAUCCCUGUACUUAGUAGGCACUCUACUUGGGUCUCAAGGUUACAGAUGGUUCAGGAAAAGGAGUUAAACAUGCCUGUCACUGCCAUCUUGUAACCAGUAAAAUAUCCCUUCAUGCUGUUUUUCAGCCCCCCCCCCUUUUUUACUUAAUAUAGAGCAAAUAUUCUGUAUAAAUUUAGGAUAGGGUUGCAAGUUGUAAUUUUGUGGCUUCUUUCUACCUCUGAUGUUGCAUAAAGAGCCCUACCAGCAGCACCCGUUAGUAAGUCUGUUUAUGGAACGUGCCACACUAGUAUGGUAGAGUAAUCAUUUUUAAGUUAUUUGGUUGAAUAUCUAAUUUAUAAAAGAAGCACAUGAAUACAAAGACAUUACUUAAGAAUUUUUUUUUUCAUUACAAGGUACUAGCUUUGACAAGCGUGCACCAUGCGUGAGUAUAAGCUAGUUGUUCUUGGCUCAGGAGGCGUUGGAAAAUCUGCUCUGACUGUACAGUUUGUUCAAGGAAUUUUUGUUGAAAAAUAUGAUCCUACGAUAGAAGAUUCUUAUAGAAAGCAAGUUGAAGUAGAUGCACAACAGUGUAUGCUUGAAAUCUUGGAUACUGCAGGAACGGAACAAUUUACCGCAAUGAGGGAUUUAUACAUGAAAAACGGACAAGGCUUUGCAUUAGUUUAUUCCAUCACAGCACAGUCCACAUUUAAUGAUUUACAAGAUCUGAGAGAGCAAAUUCUUCGAGUUAAAGACACUGAUGAUGUUCCAAUGAUUCUGGUUGGUAAUAAGUGUGACUUGGAAGAUGAAAGAGUUGUAGGAAAGGAACAAGGUCAAAAUCUAGCAAGACAAUGGAACAAUUGUGCAUUCUUAGAAUCCUCCGCAAAAUCAAAAAUAAAUGUUAAUGAGAUCUUUUAUGACCUAGUGCGGCAAAUUAACAGAAAAACUCCAGUGCCUGGGAAGACCCGCAAAAAGUCAACAUGUCAGCUGCUUUAAUAUAUUAAAUGCAUUGUAGCUCUGAGCCAGGUCUGAAGAACUGUUGCCCAAUUCAACAGUGCCAGCAUUCCAACUUUGUUAAACCUACCAACAUCUUAAAUGGACUUUCUGUGGUGGUACCCUUUAAGAGGCGGAUGAAAGCUACUACAUCAGUUUGCACAUUCUAAUCACUUUCCAGUAUCACAAGAGAGAUUUUUACUUAUAUAAUAGUCCUAGAGUAUGCAGCUGGUAAAACCAGAGGCUACAAUCCAGUAUUACUGCUAAGAGACAUUUUUCAUCCACCAAUGUUGUACAUGUAUGAAAAUGGUGUACUGUAUACUUUAACAUGCCCCAUACUUUGUAUUGGAGAGUACAAUAAUGUAAAUCCUAAAAGCACCACUAUUUUAGCAUAAUAAAAGAAAGUCCAAAGAGCUCCUAUAUAGACUACUCCAGAUAACUUCGCUUCUUUGAUACUUGUAGCUUAUUGUAAUUUUUUUUAAGAAAUUCAAGGUCAUUAUCAUUGUAUUGUACAAAUAAGUGCUUUGAUUAACACAGCUAUAUAGUUUUUUUAAUUUUUAAAAAAACCUGUGGAGACAGUGAUCUUGUCUUUAAAAUAUGAUAGUCCUUUCAGUAUAAUGUCUUAGAUUAAAGACGUUGCCUUUAAUAUCUGUUGGGAAGGAAAUGUCCAGACUUUUCAAAUCUUAUAUUAUAUGUUUCCUUUUUUGUUUACAUAGGGAACAAUGUUUAUAGUUGUGUGUACAGUGGGGGUCUACAACAAGAAGUGUAUAUUUUCAAACAAUUUUUUAAUGAUUUAACAAUUUUUGUAAAUCAUUUUCAGGCUUCUGCAGCUGUAGAUUCUCACUGUGAAUCCCUUGCUUGCUCAUGCAUAAGUGUAUUUGCAAUACCAAAUAUACAGGUUUAGUAUUUUUGCCUGUUAGUGAUUGUUUCACAUGUGUAACGUUUUGGUUGAGAUGUUAAAUGGUGGACGAGUACUGUGGAUGUGAAUGUGGGAAGUAAUUUUAAUCAUGUGUAAUUGGUCACAAGGCCUAAGUUGCAGUAACUAUUGCUGUUUUAUUUAACAAUGCCUUGUUGCUUUGUAUGCAUUAACGUUUGGGUGUAAAGAUUGUGUGUCUAUCCAACAGGGAGCCACAGUAUUUAAAUUGACCAACCUAAUGUUACAACGACUUUGAGGUGGCCAAAUGUAAACUAAAAGCCUUAAUUAAAGUGGUGCAAUUUUGUAUAACUUAGCAUCAGUAGUUCAAUAAAUUUGGAUUGCCAUGCAAGGGCUUGCAUUAUAA